GUCAGCAGCAUCUUCUUUCCUCAGGGAGGUGUGCAUCUGAUGCCUGAGGCCCUAGGGAGUUGAGGUCCUUUGAACACCCUUCAACAUGGCCCGGAUGCUGUUGCUCAUCUUCAUCACGGUCCAUCCAGGAUCCUGUGCUCUCUGGGUGUCCCAGCCCCCUGAGAUCCGUACCCAGGAGGGCACCCCUGCCUUCCUGCCCUGUUCCUUCAAUGCCAGCCAAGGGAAAUUGGCCAUUGGUUCUGUCACGUGGUACCAGGACAAAGUGGCCCCGGGGAAGGAGGUGAGGAAUGAGACCUCAGAGUUCAGGGGCCGCCUGGCCCCUCUUCCCUCUUCCCGCUUCCUCUGUGACCACCAGGCUGAGCUGCACAUCUGGGACACCCGAGCCCGUGACGCCGGAAUCUACGUGUGCAGGGUGGAGGUGCUGGGCCUGGGUGUCGGAACAGGGAAUGGGACUCUGCUGGUGGUGGAGAAAGGACCUCCUCAGCUAGCGGCCGGCACAGUCUUCCUCCUUCGGGCUGGGUUCUAUGCCUUCAGCUUUCUCUCAGUGGCCAUGGGCAGCACCAUCUAUUACCAGGGCAAAUGCCACUGUCACAUGGGAACACACUGCCACUCCUUGGAUGGCCUCUGA